AAUGUCAAUUAUCCUAACUACGACGCCGCGCGCAAGGCUUAAUACACAUUGCCCUACCUCAAUCUCGCGUCUGUGAUCAUGGCUCCAUGCCUCCAUCAGCCAAAUCCCAAAACUUCAUCCUCAACACAACUCCUUCAACGCUGAUUAUGCCUUGAUCCAGACAAUGGCCACUCUACUACUCCACCGGCCAAUUUUGUAUUGUCUUCGACAUAUCAUGUGCAAUAUUCACACACCCAUCUCCCAUAAUCGUCUGAUGUUAACCUCUCUAGUCUACUAGAAUUCGAAUCACAUUUGUAUACUCUCUUCUUUCUAUUCCCUAUUAAUAUCCAAAGUUCCAUACUUCAUUUUCAUCUCCACACUCCUUUCGUUUCCAUUUUCAAAUCUCAGUUUCUCACUCUCUCUCUGUUUCAAUCACCAUGGAUUCAGAACCUCCGGUCGAAAUGUACUUCUUCCCCUUCGUCGGCGGCGGCCACCAAAUCCCGAUGAUCGACACGGCCCGAGUCUUCGCCGCCCACGGCGCCAAGUCCACCAUCCUCUCCACCACUCUCUCCAACGCCCUCCGCUUCUGCAACUCCAUCCACCGCGACCAAACCCACAACCGCCUCAUCUCCAUCCACGUCCUCGACCUCCCAAACGACGCCGUCCCACCCGACACCUCCAUGUCCGCCGCCCCCUUCACCGACACCUCCGUCUUCAAACAACCCCUCCGCCACUUCCUCACCCAACACCCUCCCGACUGCAUCGUCAUCGACGUCUUCCACCGCUGGGCCUCUGACGUCAUCGACUCCCUCGGAAUCAGACGAAUCGUCUUCAACGGAAACGGGUUCUUCUCCCGCUGCGUCAUGCAGAACGUCGGGAAAUUCGCGCCGCAGGAGAAAGUGGGUUCGGAUUCGGAGCCGUUCGUGGUGCCGGGUCUGCCGGAUCGGGUUGAGCUGACGAAAUCUCAGCUGCCGGUUUUUGCUAGAAACAAAAGUGGGCCGGAUAAGUUUGGGCAGUUGGAAGACAAGAGCUUCGGGGUUGUGGUGAACAGUUUUUAUGAGUUGGAGUCGAAGUAUGUUGAUUAUUUCAAGAAGGAUUUGGGGAAGAAGGCGUGGGGGAUUGGUCCUGUUUCUCUAUGUAACAGAGACGAAGCGGAUAAGGUCGAGAGAGGCCAAGCUGCUUCAGUUGAUGAGGAGAAACUGAAGUGGUGUUUAGAUUGGUUGGAUUCUCAAGAGCCCGACUCGGUUGUGUACAUUAGUUUCGGAAGCUUGGCUCGAUUGAGUUACAAGCAACUGAUCGAAAUAGCUCAUGGAGUUGUGAAUUCGACAAAUUGUUUCGUGUGGGUUGUUGGGAAAGUGUCUGAGAAUGAUGGUCAGAGUCAUGAAGAUGAGGAGAAUUGGCUGUUGGAUUUUGAGAAGAGAAUGAGGGAGAGUGAGAGAGGGGUUGUGAUAAGGGGAUGGGCGCCUCAGAUUUUGAUGCUGGAGCAUAAGGCUGUUGGUGGGUUUGUGAGUCACUGUGGGUGGAACUCGACAGUGGAGAGUGUAUGUGCUGGUGUCCCGAUGAUCACUUGGCCGCUCUCGGCGGAGCAAUUUUCGAAUGAGAAGCUGAUUACUGAUGUGCUGGGGAUUGGUGUUCAGGUUGGGAGCAAAGAGUGGGCGUCGUGGAAUAUGGAGAGGAAGGAAGUGAUUGGGAGAGAGAAGGUUGAGGCUGCGGUGAGGAAGGUGGUAGGUGGUGGCGACGAGGCGGUGGAGAUGAGGAAGAGGGCCAGAGAUCUUGCGGAGAAGGCAAAGAAAGCUGUUGAAGAAGGUGGGUCAUCAUAUGCAGAAGUGGAUGCUUUGAUUUCAGAGCUCAGGUCACUGAAGAAGAACUGAUCGUCAUGGAAUCUGGGAUUUACAAGAUGUACUCUAUUGGUUGAGACCAUACUGAAUUUAUUUUUAAUGGUUGAAAUUUGUGAUUCAUGGACUACCAUAAAAGAAUGGCCCAUGUCUAUAAACAAGCUCAAAGUAACCUGUUGCUACUAGGAGAGCUCCGAAACAGCGCAAGGACUAAUGCAGAGGAGGGUGUUUGGUUGUGGCUUGAAGCGAAAUUGUGCCAAUCGUACCCGCAAGCAUUUCUACAGGAGGUAUACUGAAAGUUCAAUGUUAUCUCGAGUUCUUGACUCUUUCAAAUCGAUAAAGACAAGCAGCAGGAACGCGUAAUGAUAUUUCCUACCUAAAACCAUAUGAUACAAAUUAAGAGAGGACUAUCACACUAGUAAGAAAAGACGUAGAGACUUAAAACUGCUGCCUUGGGAUGUCUAUAUGUAUGCCUCUCAAGUCCUUGAUUAUCCCAACUCAUUUUCAGUUCUUCUUCACCAAGAUUAUCAUUAUCUGGGAGCCUGUGCUGACUGCAUUGCAG